UGAAUUUUUAAUCGAUAAAUGAAAGAACAAAAGAAAAAGUGACGCCAGCAGUACAACGGAUGGGCCCAUCUGAUUUUAUUUUUAAGAAUUUCGCCAAUGGGUUUCAGUCGGAGCUUGUUCAAAGCUCAAGACAUGUAAGCCCAUUUUUAUUUUUUACUCCUCAACUCAAAAGAGUAGAUUCAGCCAAGAGAGAGGGCAGAAGGUGGAGGAGGCGAGAACCUCUCAUUGCCUUUACGACGUCGUACAUCGCCGCCGCCGCCGCUACUCGGUUUUCCGGAGCCGCGCCUUCAGAGCUCCGUUCUUCCCUGUUUCGAGACCGGGAGAUUCGCAGGGACUAUUUCGUGCUUGAUUCUCGCUGGAGUUAGAAGUUUCGCUUUGCAAAGGCUUUGACAUUCUUAUGAAUGGCUUGGAGAGCCUUAGGAAACAAGGGUCUUCGAGUUAGUCAUAAAACAUUACAAGAACAUGCAUUGGGUUCGGCUUCUGUUCCUUGCCUUGAAGAUGCUGUGAUAUCAGUUUCUUCUCUGUUCAGAUGCUUUCCAGAUUUCUCUAGCAUGUCUCUAUGGCAGAAGGGUGGGUAUACGAAGCAUCUGUCUGACCAGACUUUGUUAAGGUGCUUUCAUUCAAGUCCAGCACUUUUGGCUAGAGGUGAUGGGCAAUUUGGUUUGAGGACUCCCAAGAGAGAAAAGAAUUUUAAAAGACAGAAUAGGACCCAACCACCCGUUGAGGCUCCAUAUGUGCCACCUAAAGUGAAAACAGUGACAAAGUCCUCUGUGGAUAAAACAGUUGACAUUUUCGAAGGCAUGACGAUAGUCGAACUCGCCAAGCGUACUGGUGAGUCAUUAUCUUCACUGCAAGAUAUUCUUCUGAAUGUUGGGGAGAAGGUCGAAUCAGAGUUUGAUCCUCUUAGCAUCGACAUUGCGGAGCUGGUUGCAAUGUUGCAGGGACUUACUUUGGACCUACACAUCUUACAGGAACUUGGUGUCAAUGUUAGAAGGCGUCACUCUGAUGAAGGUGCAAAGCUUUUAACUCGGCCACCCGUUGUCACGGUCAUGGGUCAUGUUGACCAUGGGAAAACUUCUCUUUUGGAUGCUCUGCGUCAAACAUCUUUGGUGGAAAAGGAAGCUGGAGGAAUAACUCAGCAUCUUGGAGCAUUUGUUGUGAGCAUGCCCUCGGGUUCGUCAAUAACAUUCCUCGACACUCCUGGUCAUGCUGCAUUCAGUGCAAUGCGGGCCAGAGGUGCGGCGGUCACUGAUAUUGUUGUGCUAGUGGUAGCUGCGGAUGAUGGAGUCAUGCCCCAAACUCGAGAAGCCAUGUCCCAUGCAACUUCAGCUGGUGUACCCGUUGUUGUUGCUGUUAAUAAAUGUGAUAAACCAGCUGCUGACCCUGAACGAGUAAAACUGCAGCUCGCAUCGGAAGGGUUGCCUUUAGAAGAAAUGGGUGGGGACGUGCAGGUAGUUGAAGUUUCAGCUGUAAAGAAAACAGGACUGGAUAAGUUGGAAGAGGCGUUGCUUCUCCAGGCUGAGCUUAUGGAUCUUAAAGCACGGAUUGAUGGGCCUGCACAAGCUUAUGUAGUGGAGGCAAGGCUCGAUAAGGGGCGUGGUGCGUUGGCCACAGCGAUUGUGAAGGCAGGGACUUUGGUUUGUGGGAAGUAUGUGGUUGUGGGUUCUGAGUGGGGUAGAAUAAGGGCUCUCAGGGACAUGGUGGGUAAGAUGACUGAUCGAGCAACCCCGGCUAUACCUGUUGAGAUUGAAGGGUUGAAGGGUCUCCCAAUGGCUGGUGAUGAUAUUGUUGUUGUGGAUUCUGAGGAACGUGCUAGAAUGCUUAGUACGGGAAGAAAAAGAAAGUCUGAGAAAGACAGACUUCGUAAAAUAAGCGAGGGAAGGACAGAAACUGAAGAGUCAUCAGAAGAACAAGAAGUGGUGGAGAGAGUUGAAAUGCCAUUUAUUGUGAAAGCAGAUGUGCAAGGAACAGUCCAAGCUGUUACAGAUGCUUUAAAAAGUUUGAAUAGCCCUCAGGUUUUUGUCAAUGUACUGCAUGUUGGUGUUGGACCGGUUUCUCAGUCCGAUAUCGACCUAGCACAGGCCUGUGGUGCAUGUAUAGUUGGGUUCAAUGUUAAGAAUCCUCCUAGUUCUGUAACUCGGGCGGCAACUAGAGCCAGUAUUCAGAUAAAAACACACCGUGUAAUCUAUCAUCUUUUGGAGGACAUUGGCAGCUUGAUAGUUCACAAGGCUCCGGGGACUGCAGAGACUCAGGUAGCUGGGGAGGCUCAGGUCUUGAACAUAUUCGAGCUCAAAGGGAGGAGCAAAUCCAAGGGAGCUGAUGUGAAGAUUGCCGGUUGCCGCGUUAUCGAUGGGAAAGUCACAAGGUCGUCAACAAUGAGGCUUCUGAGGAGCGGAGAAGUCAUGUUCGAAGGUUCAUGCACGUCCCUCAAGAGAGAGAAGCAGGAUGUUGAGAUGGUGGGAAAAGGGAAUGAAUGUGGACUUGUAAUCCGAGAUUGGCAUGAUUUCCAGGUUGGGGACAUCAUUCAGUGCUUGGAACAAGUUGUACGGAAGCCUAAGUUCAUUUCGUCGGAGAGCGGAGCUGUUCGAAUUGAAUGCUGACAGUGUACCGCAAUGUCCAUGCUGUUUGAGUUGAUAAUGGAUUUUGUUGGUUGCGUCUUCCCUCUCGAAAAGCCAGUACCAACACAAACAAUUUUGUAUUUCGGUAGACGAACAGUUCAAAUUUUGAGACUUCACAUGCUAAUGACCCUGCUGAUUAGUACAAACAUAAGAAGUGUACAUUAGCCCAGUUUGAGAAGCAUGAUAAUGUUAUUAUUUGUAUA